GGGAUGGAAUUCCUGGGAUGCGGGUGGAAGCGCCCAGAGGAGCUGCGCCUGCCCCUGGCUCCCUGGGAGUGUCCGAGGCCAGCCCGGGACAGAGGAAGGUGUCCCUGCCAGUGGAACGAGAGGAUCUUUGGGGUCCCUUCCAGCCCAAACUAUUCCACUUUGCGAUUCCUCGGAAGUUUAUCCACGAGCCAGCCCUGCCCAGAGCCGCUCCCGUUUUUCUGGGAGCUCUUCGUGCAGACCCGAGGAAGGGAAGGAGCCCCGGCCGUGCCCAGCCCGCGGCACCCCGGCCCCGCCGAGCACCCCCAGCCCCGGGCGGGAUUCCCGGGCCCGCCGCUCUCGGGAUGAGCGCGGAAGAGCCCGGGGGGAAAUCCCGCUCGGCCCGCGGCUCUAUAAGAGCUGUCCCCGCUUGGACCGACGGCAGCGAGAUGGAGCGGGGCGGCAGCAGCGGGAACGGCGCCGGCAGCACCGGGAACAGCACCGGGAGCGACUCCAGGAGCGGCACCAGGGAUAACACCGGGAACGGCAGCGGGAACCGCACCGGGAACGGGACCGGCACCGGCACCAGGAAUGACAGCGGGAACAGCGGGAGCGGGCGGGCAGCGCCGCCUGGCGGGGCCGUGCGGGCACUGCUGUGCCUGGCGCUGCUGCUGCUGCUGCCCCCGGCCCGGGCACUGCCCACCCCGGCCCGGGCACUGCCCACCCCGGCCCGGGCACUGCCCACCCCGGCCCGGGCACUGCCCACCCCGGCCCCCCUCGCCCACUGCCUCAACAGCUCCCGGCACCUGCUGGAGGUCGCCAAAGACUCCCUGCAGCGGCUGAAGGAACGCGGCACCCUGGGAUUUAAUUGCACCUUUGAGGAGGUGGAUAUGGAGGACAUCACCAAGAACCAAACCAACACCAUCAGAGCCUGCACAGUGGAGGAUUCAGGGCCUGGAAAUUGCCCAGCUCUGGAAAGAUCAACUUUUGAUGAGGGGAAAUGCCUGCGGGGCAUCUCUGAGGACCUGCGAGCCUACAGGGCAGAGCUGGGCAGCCUCGGGGAGCCGCCGCUGCUGGAGGCUCUGAACGCGCUGCUGCAGGUGAGGGUUGGAGAUUCCUGCCCCAAACCAACCCAAAAUCCCGAAAAUAGGGAGGGAAAAUCUCAAUUUCUCCCCCAGACACUGAACCAGAACAGAGCUGGGGCACUGGAUGUGACACGGUAUCCCAAUUUUCCCCUCAGUCUAUUCACGAUAAAUCAAAUAUCCCAAAUUUUUCCCUUGACCCAUCCUUACUUCCCAGUGUUGCCAUUCACCCCUAAGGGGGAGAAAAUCCAAGGAAUUUUUUGGUCUGAGCCAUUUCCUAACGCUCCGCAGGCCCUGGGCAACAGCACUGGGAGGGCUCCGGAGGCGCCGCUGCCAUCGGGAUCACCGGGAUCAGUGGGAUCACAAUCAUUGGGAUCAGCGGGAUCAGCGGGAUCAGCGGGAUCACCAGGAUCCGUGGGAUUGGGAUCAUUGGGAUCAUCGGGAUCACCGGGAUCACAAUCAUCGGGAUCAUCGGGAUCAUCGAGAUCAUCGGGAUCAUCGGGAUCCUCGGGAUCAGCGGGAUUGGGAUCCUCGGGAUCAUCGGGAUCCCCGGGAUCCCCGGACCUGCCGCAGUUCUCGGAGCAGCUGCACCUCUGCAGUGCCCUCCUGGCUUUGCGUGUCCGCAGUGUCACCAUCAGCAGGAUGCUGCGCUUCCUCAGCUCCCUCUGAACCCCGGGAUCCCGGGCAGAUCCUGGGCAGAUCCCGGGCAGAUCCCGAGGAGAUCCUGAGGAGAUCCCGGGGAGAUCCCGGGCAGAUCCCCGGCAGAUCCCGAGCACUGCUCGGAAUUCCCACUGAUGGUUUUUAGGGAGCUGCCCAGCUCCGGGUCUGUGGAAUUUGAGCUGCAGCUGAGCACCAAAACAUUCCUGACUCUGUUUUAUCCGUAUUUAUUCUGCUGAAUUCCCAGGAAUUGAGAGCUGUUUAUGAUAAUCCCUUUUCCUGGGGAUCCCUUCUGCCUCAGGAUAUUCCAUUCCAUGAUUUAUUUAGGAUGCUAUUCCUAAGAAUAAGAAAUUCCUAAUUUUUAAUUAUUCCCAUAGGAAUUUAAUUCCUAUUCAUAGUAAUAAAUCAUUCCCUGAUUUAUUUAGGAUGCCAUUCCUAAGAAUAAUAAAUUCCUAAUUUUUAAUUAUUCCCACAGGAAUUUAAUUCCUAUUCAUAAUAAUAAAUCAUUCCCUGAUUUAUUUAGGAUGAUAUUCCUAAGAAUAGAAAUUCCUAAUUUUUAAUUAUUCCCAUAGGAAUUGAAUUCCUAUUCAUAAUAAUGAUAAACCAUUCCCUGAUUUAUUUAAUAUGAUAUUCUAUUCUAUUCCCUGAUUUAUUUAGGAUGAUAUUCCAUUCUGUUCCUGAUGUAUGAUGAUAUUCCUUGAUUUGAGAUUCCAUUCUGUUCCCUGAUUUGUGAUGAUAUUCCUUGAUCUAUUUAUGAUUAUAUUCCCUGAUUUAUUUAUGGUGAUAUUCCCUCAUUUAUGAUGAUAUUCCAUCCUAUUCUCUGAUUUAUUUAUGAUAUUCUCUAUUUAUUCUAUUUAUUGCCUAAUAAAAUCAAAGCUGCCUUCAAAGUCACGGAGAUGUUUUUGUCCCUUGGGAUCCAACACGAAUCCUUGGAAAAGCUUUGGGGAUUGGUGCCAUGGGAAGGCCCCUGCCUGUAACUGGAGUGGUUUAAAAUCCAAAUUUCCCUCUUGGAAAAGCCUGGGAUAGGGAAGGUGUCCCUGCCCCUGGCAGGGGUUGCAAUGGGAUA